GGGGGGUGCAUUAUUUAUUCAUGGCUGCAGCGCAGACUCGGUGACAGAGCAGUCCCUGGCAUUCCCUGUUACCAGUGGAACAAGUGACCGGCCUAGCUAAGAGUUCCCAAACACUGCUCGACAGACUCAUGCCUUCCCAAGAAAGGAUUCCUGUCUUCCCAGAGUGCGCUAAGCAGUAUCACAUGGAUUUAAAUCUUACACCGGCUGAAGAGAAAAGUGAACUGAACAAGCCUUUUGUUACUCAGGUCCACCUGUCACUGCAUUACUUUCUCAGGAAGAAGGAUUAUUACUUUGGUUUGAAAGAAAGCAAGCCCGGCUCUCCAGCAGCACAGCUUCAGCACAGAGAGAAUGAAAAUGCCCAUUUUAACAAGAUGACUGAUGGAAAUGAAACCGAGGAAGAAAAGCACCUUUUCUCUCUGCAGCCUGUGAUCCCUCAGCCUAAUUCUUUUCAUGGAAAGCAAUCUAUGGCUAAUCACAAUUCAGUCAGCACUAAUAGAGCAUUCACAGCACUUCCCAUCAAAUUAGAGAUUCAGGCAGUGUUAGAAAAAUCUAUAGAUCGGCCAAACUUCAAUUCCAACCACAAAAAACAAUGCCACGCAGGGAGGAAAGGAUUUUCUUCUAUUACGAUUACAGCAAAGAAAAAAACUCCACCAUUAAACCAUACUGAGAUAAAAACUGCCCCUGACCCCAUUGUGUCUCUGUGUAGAAGCAAUAACAUGGUAUUCCAGGGUUCUGAAUCCUCCUCUGAACUUGAUCAGCAACCACAAGACAAAUGUAGACACCUUUUCCUGAGCGCUUCUAGGCAUGGAACUUUUCAUUCUUGUCUACAGACGUCUUCUAGCACAAAUUGCCAAGCUUGUAUUUGCAGUAAGGAAAACAAUGCUGACCAUUUAAGCACAAGUAAUGGAGACCAAGACAGGGUGCCAUUUAUCUCAUCCAUCUACAAUACAACCAAUGAGGUUUCUCCUUCAGUAAUCAGCUAUGUAGACAAAUCCCUUGCAUUGUGCUUGGGAAAAAUAAAGACGUCCUGUCAAAACAUUCAUAAAUCAGAAAUGUCAUUCAAAAUAAACCCUCAUCGGCCCAGUGAAAAAGAUACUACAAAUAAAGUUGGCAUUGAUCUGUGUAGGCCUAUUACAUUAGAUGAUAGAACAACUGUAUUUGAUCUAGAAAACAAAAACACAUCUUCUGCCCAGAGGCAGCCAGACAUAUUGGGAAAUUACCUGGAGACAGAAAGCCCUGCUAGAUCUGAAUAUCUGUUUCAAGGUAAAGAAGCAACUACGGACUGCAGUAAACUUAAUUUGAAACUGAAACAUGACACCAAAUACCAAUUAGAUCAACCGAAAAGGCUCUCUCGUGAACCGCUGAAAAACCGUUCAUGUUCAGCAAGAAUUAAAGAAUCUCAUCAGCAGGUGCUUACACCAAAAUCUGAUCCCCAGUUACACAGAGGCUGCCUGUCUGAAGGAUAUAGUAACUUGCUAGAAGGAUCUAGAAAGACCACAUUUAAUUUUAUAUUUGGAAAACAGACUGCAAAGUCAGAAAAAGAAAAACAGAUCUCUCAUAAGGAAAACAUUGCUCCUAAUGGUUCCAACUCCUGGGAGAAAACAGAGCGUGAUUGUAUUGAGGACCUGCCAUUGCCAUUACCAACAACGAUUUUUCAACAGGAAAAGCCAAAGAAAAACAAGGAGAACGAAGCAGGAGAGAUGAGUUUGAGGGAGGCCCUGGAACACCACAGACCAGAUUUUAUAUCUAAUUCACAAGAACGUGUUCACAAAUUGGAGCUUAUGGCACGGCGCAGAAAGCUCAAGCAGGUGCAGGUUCCCCGGAAGUCACACAGGUCUCCACUAUCAAAGCUUCCACCUAAAGUCACUCCUUGCAGAAGAAAGCUCUUCACUGUGCCUCUUCCACUGAGCGAUAACUUAUUUAAACCAACGGAGAGAGUUAUUUCAGAGAAGGAGAUGCAACAAAGAUCAAAAAGGAUUUAUAACAGCUUGCCGGAAGUUAAAAAGAAAAAGGAAGAUGAAGAGAAAAAAAUGAUAAUACUGAGCAACAGACUGAGAGCAGAACUCUUCAAAAAGAAACUCCUGAACCAGGUUCUCCAAAGAAAUGCAGCCUAAUAGACAAAAAGGAAUCCUAACGAAUGAUGAGCAUUAUAGUGAGAUUA